AUGGUUGCUUCUCAGAAAGGUUUGUUAUUGUUAGGAAUAACUUCCUCCUUAGGAGUUGAGAAUGGGUCUCUCACUUUCUGCCCCCCUCUUACUCUCGCUCUCUCACUUUCUGCCCCCCUCUUACUCUCAUCUCUCCCUUUCUGCCCCCCUCUUACUCUCGCUCUCUCAUUUUCUGCCCCCCCUCUUAAACUUAAAAUCUCUCUUUCUGUCCCUCCUUCUCCUCUCUCUCUAAUAUUUUCUGUCCCUCCUUUUCUCUCUCUGUCUCCCUCCUUCUUUCUCUCUCUCUCUCUCUCCGUCCAUCCUUCUCUUUCUCUCUCUCCGUCCAUCCUUCUCAUUCUCUCUCUCCGUCCAUCCUUCUCACUCUCUCACUUUCUGUCCAUCCUUCUCUCUCUCUCUCUCUCUCACUUUCCGUCCAUCCUUCUCUCUCUCUCUCUCUCUCUCUUUUCCCCAUCCUUCUCUCUCUCUCACUUUUCAAAUCCAUCCUUCUCUCUCUCUCACUUUCCGUCCAUCCUUCUCUCUCUCUCACUUUCCGUCCAUCCUUCUCUCUCUCUCUCACUUUCCCUCUCAUCCUUCUCUCUCUCUCUCUCUCACUUUCCGUCCAUCCUUCUCUCUCUCUCUCACUUUCUGUCCAUCCUUCUCUCUCUCUCUCACUUUCCGUCCAUCCUUCUCUCUCUCUCUCUCUCACUUUCCGUCCAUCCUUCUCAUUCUCUCUCUCCGUCCAUCCUUCUCAUUGUCUCUCUCCAUCCAUCCUUCUCACUCUCUCUCUCUCCGUCCAUUCUUCUCACUCUCUCUCUCUCCGUCCAUUCUUCUCACUCUCUCUCUCUCUCCGUCCAUCCUUCUCACUCUCUCUCUCUCCGUCCAUCCUUCUCCUCUCUCUCUCUCUCCCAUUCUUCUCCUCUCUCUCUCUCUCCGUCCAUCCUUCUCACUCUCUCUCUCUCCGUCCAUCCUUCUCACUCUCUCUCUCUCUCCGUCCAUCCUUCUCACUCUCUCUUUCCGUCCAUCCUUCUCUCUCUCUCUCUCUCCCUUUUCCGUCCAUCCUUCUCUCUCUCUCUCUCUCACUUUCCCCCAUCCUUCUCUCUCUCUCUCUCUCACUUUCCGUCCAUCCUUCUCUCUCUCUCUCUCUCACUUUCCGUCCAUCCUUCUCUCUCUCUCUCUCACUUUCCGUCCAUCCUUCUCUCUCUCUCUCUCACUUUCCGUCCAUCCUUCUCUCUCUCUCUCUCUCUUUCAUCCAUCCUUCUCUCUCUCUCUCUCCAUCUCUCUUUCCUCUCACUUUCCGUCCCCUUCUCUCUCUCUCUCUCUCUUUCCGUCCAUCCUUCUCUCUCUCUCUCUCUUUCCAUCCAUCCUUCUCUCUCUCUCUCUCUCUCUCUUUUCCGUCCAUCCUUCUCUCUCUCUCUCUCUCUCUCCUUUCCGUCCAUCCUUCUCUCUCUCUCUCUCUCUCACUUUCCGUCCAUCCUUCUCUCUCUCUCUCUCUCUCUUUCCCUCCCAUCCUUCUCUCUCUCUCUCUCUCCGUCUUUCUCCAUCCUUCUCUCUCCUCUCACUCUCCUCUCUCACUUUCCAUCCAUCCUUCUCACUCUCUCUUUCCGUCCAUCCUUCUCUCUCUCUCUCUCUCUUUCCGUCCAUCCUUCUCUCUCUCUCUCUCCUAUAUUCCGUCCAUCCUUCUCUCUCUCUCACUUUCCAAUCCAUCCUUCUCUCUCUCUCCAUCCUUCUCCUCUCUCUCUCUCUCAUUUUCCGUCCAUCCUUCUCCUCUCUCUCAUUUUCCGUCCAUCCUUCUCACUCUCUCUAUCUCUCACUUUCCGUCCAUCCUUCUCUCUCUCUCUCUCCGUCCAUCCUUCUCUCUCUCUCUCUCUCUCUCUCUCUCUCUCUUUUCCGUCCAUCCUUCUUUCUCUCUCUCCGUCCAUCCUUCUCUCUCUCUCUCUCCGUCCAUCCUUCUCUCUCUCUCUCUCCGUCCAUCCUUCUCACUCUCUCUUUCACUCUCUCUCCUACCCUCUUUCAUUCACUUUCCUCUUUCUCUCUCUUUCAUUCACUUUUUCUCAUCAUAAUUUCAAAAUUAAUAUAGAUAAGAAACACCGAACUUCAGUGUUUGCCUUUAUAGUAACAGAACUCUUAGAAGAAUGGGAAGAAAAAAGGAAUUUAGGUCGUAAACGUGAAUGGUUCAGCUUAAGUGAAGCGAAGGAGAAAUUGCAACACCAGCCGCUUCAAGUGAGCUAUCUGGAACUGCUUGAGAAGAAAGAAGGCAAGGUGUCAUGA